CCACCCCAGUGCGCCUGCGCGGUGGCUCUGACGCCAGCGCUAGCCCCGCCCCCUUCCAGGGCGACCGCAGGCCAAGGGGGCGGGGCCUGGGCACAAGAUGGCCGCGGAGCGCCCGGAGCCGCCCCAGAGUCCGGGCUCAGCGGCCCGGGCGCCGCGCUCCCCGGAGCUGCCAGACCUGGUCCUGGUGCCCGCGGACGGCAGCCCCGCCACGCCCCCGCCCGGCCUCAUCGAGAUCCAGGUGGUGAGGGUGACGGACAGCACGCUGGCGCCGGAGCCCCCGGAGCCGGGCUCCCUGCACUGUGCCUUGUGCCCCGCCGCCUUCCGCCUGGUCUCCGAGCUGCUGUUCCACGAGCACGGCCACCUGGCCGGCGCCGGGGCGGGGGCCGGGGGCGGCGGGCGGCGGGGCGCGGACCCCGGCCGGUGCCACGUGUGCGGCCACAGCUGCGCCGGCCCCGCCAGCCUCCGCGCACACUACAGCCUGCACACCGGGGAGCGUCCGUUCCGCUGCCCGCUCUGCCCCCGCGCCUUCGGGGCGCUGGCGGCCCUGCUGCGGCACCAGCUCCGGCACGGCGCCGAGCCGGGAGCCUCUCGGAGGCCCCCCGAGGCCGCAGCGGCGGGGACUCGGGCACCGGGGCCCGGGGUAGCCCCGGAGCGCCCCGAGGCGGCAGCAGCGCUGGCGGCCGCGGGGAAGCCGUUCGCCUGCCGGUUCUGCGCCAAGCCGUUCCGCCGCUCCUCGGACAUGCGCGACCACGAGCGGGUGCACACGGGCGAGCGGCCCUACCACUGCGGCGUGUGCGGCAAGGGCUUCACGCAGUCCUCGGUGCUGAGCGGCCACGCGCGCAUCCACACCGGCGAGCGCCCGUUCCGCUGCGCGCUCUGCGCCCGCACCUUCAACAACUCCUCCAACUUCCGCAAGCAUCAGCGCACGCACUGCCGCGGCCCGGGGCCGGGGCCCAGGGACGCCGGGAGGCAGCCGGCGGCGGGGGCCGAGGGACCCGGGAGCCGGCCGAGUGGGGCGGGAAACACACGGGAAGAGGGACCUGGGGAGACGGCAAUCAAGCAGGCGAAUGUUGACCAGUAGGCUUGCCCCAGAAGCGGGCGGAGGGCAGCGGGCUGCAGGGGGAGGGGUCGGCUGGGACCAGGAGGAGGUGCCAGACAGAAGAGGGGAGACUGGGGGAGAUCGGACAGGCAUUCCAGCUAAAUGCGACGCUCAGGGCUCCCACAAACCCGCGGGGCAGCCCAGUCGAUGUCCAGCUAACUGCCAGGAACACGGCUGAGCGUCUGGCCCGCCGGCCUGCCUGCCUGUUGGGUGGAGUUGGUACAGGACAGAGCCUGCGCCCUCCGCAGGGGGAGCCAGGGCUGAGGGGACGGGCAGGUGCGGGGUCCAUCCCAGUGUCCCCGGCCAGCCCUUCAUCGCUGGCCCCUGAACAGUCUCGGGGCGGAGGGCGGGCCAGGAGGGGACCGUCUGCCUACCUCGCUGGAUGCACUGAACACGGGAGCCGCCAUGAAGGUCCUCCAUAAAGAGACUGGAACCCCGUCACCUCAAGCCAGGGGGCCCCCAAGUCAUU